CCACCAUACGGGAUACUUGACUUGCGCUGAAUCGUCAGCUCUCGUACUCCAUAUCAGCUUGGGCGAAUUCAGCCAUCUCCACGUACAGCUGGGCAAAUCUUGGAAGAUAAAGUUGGAAGAUAAUGCAAAGCAACAAAUCCAGCAAGUUGUUUUGCAUGUGUAACACGUGCUCGAUGAGAAUGGUGCGCGAAAUCGAGAAAAGACUUCCGCCAGGACAGCUACCCCCAUACGUGUCUCCUGUGCCCCCCUCCCCCGACCACCGCCAUACGGGACCUCCGCUACACGCCAGCGUCCAGCCUAGUGCCUCAAACUUAACCCUGGCUACGUCUUCUGUACCAUCAAGCAUAUCAUAUCACGUGCCGGUGUUCGGUAGGGAAGCCUGUCGAGUGUCAUCCGUCAAUCAAAUGCAUUCUUUGUCGAGGCGAUACGAGCAAGCGGUGCGAUCAUGGCGAAGAGGGCAAUGGAGACAAGCUCCUUAUACGAGACCACCGCAGCAGCAACCCGCACCCACCCCUCCCUGGCCAGCCGCAGCCGCCAGCCCCUCAUCUCCACAGACGAGCCGAGAAAUACAGAUAAGCCAGUAUCACAUGCGCAAGCCAUUUGUUCCGCCGGCCGCUCGAGUGAGAUCUAUUCCGUAUGUCUCACCAGGUGCAGGCAUCGCAUACGAUCAUGACAACCUUCCAAAGCUCGUCGCCGUGCACUACGUUGUAUACAUGCCGCAAUCCGCACAGUCUCGGGAAUCAGUUAAAAGUGAACCGCGGGAAGAAGCAGACUGCUCCGUGAUUACACUACCUGCGAAACAAGAGUCUACCAUUUGCCCGACAUCCCCGGUGAAAUCAGAUGGCAGUUCUCUAUGUGACGACAGGAAUGGUGCCUGGUGUGGUGGAGAUGAUGAGGCUGGACGCAGUUUACUGGAGCUCCCAGGCCAGGACGAGGAGAAAGGUGUGUCGCCGGUGCGUGCGUGCUUGGGGGACGAGGGAGACGGAUCCCGGAGAAGCGUCGAUUAUAAGUAUUUGAAGGCGAAGCUACUGCAGCAGAUACCACCCACUCCCGUGGAUGACGAGAUGAUUCCAGAUAACACGGAUUAUUAUGAAGCUGGAUCGAUAGAGAUGGACCCAGACAUAGCAAGUGGAAUACAAUACUUCACUGGCUCAUGGCAUCCGGGACAGUCCAACGGAAGUUUGCAAGAGACUGCAACCAGCAGCCGAGAUGAGAGAGAAACUGUCACCAGCAAUAAGGAGCCGAGGGGGACUGGAUCCGAUAACACUCUAGAGAGAAGGACUGGGACCAAAAGUACAGAGUUGCUUGAGUCAGAAUCUGAUAAAGAAGAAAAGCAAAUAACUGAAAAUACCAUCAAGGGUUGUAGUGAAACAGGCAUCAAUAAUAAGACAAGAAGGAACUCUACCGAGACUGGUACGAACCUCGCCGCAGAUCCCGAAAGGGUCGAAAGAACUGUACGGUUAGCAAUGUUUUCACUGUGUCGCCGCAUGGAAAAAUUAAAAAAUGAGAUAAUGCAAGAAACGAACGUCGAGGAACGGCGGGCAAAAAUUGCCGAGUUAGUCAAGACCAGGGAAAAGGCCAAACAGAUUUUGGACAAGCUCAGAGCGAUCCUGAGAACGAAAGCGGGAGCGAACCACAGAUGGAGAGUAGAGAAGAGAAAACGCUUUGAAGAGUCGUGGCCCGACACAUACGAAGGCUUGUGUGAAAAGAUGAGAGAAUGCGUGACUGAUGAUGAGACGAGGACGACAGGGUUCGUGACGAGCGAAAAGGACUGCGUGACACGGAAGAGAAUAGUAAGCGAUGACGCACAAGUUGGAAAAGAAAAAAAGCAAGGUUUCGGAAAUGAGAAACAUGCGGAACCUACUCCUGCAAAGAAAAAAAGAUUUGACGAGUAUGCCGCCAUUGAAGCAGAGGAAAGCACGAAUCAGUGUUCCCGUAAGAUUGAAUCACGUGACAAUCACAGUCACGCUUUCGGCGAGCAGCGCUGCCAUGGUGAUUGCCAAGCUGAUACGCUCGCCUCGCCGCAAUCUCAUGGAAACAAUCGCGUAUCGCUGAACGCAGGCUCAGUUCCCAAUGAAGCGCUUCAUGUGACGUCACGCUCGCAGACACGUGACAACAUGAAUAAUUUCCCCACGUCUCCCAGCAGGAAAAUCGAGAAAAAAAUCAAGAAACUCCGUAACAAACGGCAGAAGUUGAUGGAAGCCAUACAGCGAAUCAGCGCGCUUCAGAACUGUCCAACCAGGGAGAGUCACGCAAGUCAGCCUGUCACGCGUGACGUGCAGUGAGAGUCACCAUGUGUACACUUCUUUCCCAUUUACUUGUUUAACGUUUUGUUCAAUUUGGCAUCUGAAUGAUACAUUUGGAUUUUCCUAAUAGAAGCUGUAAUAUAGAAAACGCUUUUUAUACAUGAAAAUAUUUUUACAUGAUAAAUGAAAUGUUUUAUUAUAAAAGUUGUCGGCUAUAUC